AUGUUCGUUGGUGUUGUUAUUGAAAAUUUUCAUCAGUGUCGAGCCCAACAAGAACUUGAAGAAGAAGCUCAACGUAAAGCAGAAUAUGCAAAAAAAAUUGAACGUAAACGACGUCUUAUGUGUGAAUUACCAUAUUAUGCACAUUUUUCACCAUGGCGUCAACGUUUACAUGAUCAAUGCGUUAGUAAAUAUUUUGAUUUAGUUAUUGCUACAAUUAUUGGUGUUAAUGUUGUUACAAUGUCACUUGAAUUUUAUCCUAUGCCAUCUAACUUGGAUAAGUUUCUUGAAUAUUGUAAUCAUGUAUUUACGAUUGUAUUCUUGCUUGAAUUUUUAUGGAAAAUUGUUGCAUUUGGACCAUCACGUUAUUUUUAA